AUGGGAAGAGGUAGGGUUCAGUUGAGGCGGAUCGAGAACAAGAUUAGCCGACAGGUGACUUUCUCGAAGAGGAGGUCUGGAUUGUUGAAGAAGGCUCAUGAGAUCUCGGUGUUGUGCGAUGCAGAAGUGGCUUUGAUUGUGUUUUCAACUAAAGGGAAGCUGUUUGAGUACUCGACUGAUUCGAGCAUGGAUAUGAUUCUGGAUAGGUAUGAGAGAUACUCUUAUGCAGAGAAGCAACUUUGUACAACUGAUUCUGAACCACAGGAAAGCUGGUUCGUCGAGUAUCCUAAGCUCGUGGCUAAAGUUGAAAUCUUAAACAGAAGCAUAAGGCACUAUAUAGGAGAAGAUCUGAAUCCCUUGAGCAUGAGGGAGCUUCAAAGUUUGGAGCAACAACUUGACACUGCUAUCAAGCGAAUCCGGACAAGGAAGGAUCAACUUAUGCACGAAUCGAUUUCUGAGCUUCAGAAAAAGGAGAAGGUACUGCAACAGCAAAACAAUCAACUGACAAAGAAGCUCAAGGAGAAUGAGAAGAACAUGGCUGAUCGGGCACAAUGGGAGCAACAAAGUUUAGGCCAAAACUCAACCACCUUUGUGUUACCUCAACCUGAACCACCACAACUACUGCUUCCUUCUUUAUCAAUUGGUGGCACUUUCCAGGGUCAAGAAGCCAUAACCGGAGAGAAUGGAGGUCGAGCUCGCCCUGGUUCCAACCCACCCAUGCCAUCUUGGCUUCUUCGCCAUGCUAACAAAUGA